UUGUGACAACUCAAGAUUGACUGCUGUCUUACCAAAAAUACACAAAACAUACAAUUCUUUUAUUGCCCUUAUAAAAUGAAUAUAAUCUGCCGAAAUGUUUCCCUAAUGAGUAAAUCCAGAGGAAUGUGGCUUCCGGUACGUUUUUUUGGUAAAGCAAAAGAGGCCAAAAAAGAGGAAAAAUCAGCGAAAAAAGAAGAGAAAGUGGAAAAGAAGCCAAAGUAUAAGACUUUCAAGAUUUAUCGGUAUAAUCCGGAAAAUCCUUCGGCUAAAAAACCCCAUAUGCAAGAAUAUACGAUCGAUUUAAACGACUGUGGUCCAAUGGUCCUACACGCCCUAGAAAAAAUAAAAUCGGAUCAAGACAGCACUUUAACGUUCCGCCGGUCUUGUAGGGAAGGAAUUUGUGGAUCUUGCGGCAUGAAUAUUGACGGAGUCAAUGGACUGGCAUGCUUAGAAAAAAUCAGCUCCUCCUCAAAAACGAAAAUUUACCCUUUGCCCCAUAUGUACGUUAUUAAGGAUCUUAUUGUGGAUUUCGAACGAUUUUUGGAACAACAUAAAAGGAUCAGACCGUAUUUGAUACGUUGCGAGGAAGAUAAAUUUGAAGAAGGAUGCGAGUACUAUUUACAAAGCCAGAAAGAUCGGGAUAAACUGGACGGAUAUGUGGAGUGUAUUUUAUGCGGCUGCUGUGCAACUUCUUGUCCGGAGUACUGGUGGCACGGUCAUUCAAAGAAACCAAACGAUUUUCUGGGUCCUGCCGCCUUAUUGAACGCUUAUCGCUGGAUAAUCGAUUCCAGGGACCAAGCAACUGCUGGACGGCUGGAUCAGUUGAGGAAUUAUUAUUCGCUCUACCGGUGUCAUCAGAUUAAUAAUUGUACGAAGUGUUGUCCCAAGAAACUCAAACCCGGUGUCGCGAUAGCGAGACUUCGUACAUUUUUAGCCGGUUGGACCCAUAAAGAAACACCAGAGAUGAAAGGAACCAUCGCUGGAGAUCCGAACAAAGCGGCCAGAAGCCAAUGUAAAUAAAACCCAAUUAAUUUUUAAUUUUGUAUAUUUAAAUAAAUAUUGCCGAUAUAACUACUA